AUGACCAACUCUGCUGACCAAAAGAAUCUUGUAAAAUCAUCCAAGGGAAAGAGAAAACAAGAACAAGAUCCCAUGAUCCGGUUUUCAAAAGCGCUUUCCAAAGUUCUUCGCCAUACCGCUCAAUCCAAUGGGUUACGACUUCGUCAUGAUGGAUUUGUGCUUGUAGACGACCUGCUGAGACUGCCGCAAUUUAAAAGCCUGUCGCUAGAGAUGCUGAAAAAGAUUGUGGAUGAAAACGAAAAAAAAGAUUUUCCUUACUUGAAGCAGAAGAUCUCCAAAGAAGGCCUUUCGCGAAUGAAAAGAAACCAUAUUCACUGUGCUACAGGCUUAUUCGGUGAAGCCGGUGUUAUUUCUGGGAUUCGGAAAUCAUGUACUUUGUACAUUUACAUUGAUGUUUUAAAAGCUAUGCAACAUGGAGUUGAGUUUUACCAAUCAGAAAAUGGAGUCAUUUUAACAGAAGGCAUAAAUGGUAUCUUGUCGCCUGUGUUUUUCAAAAAGGUCGAGACCAAUCUUGGGGAAGUUUUAUUUGACGCAAAUGCGAAUCCAGAGACACCCAAAACUGAAAAUUCACUACAGAAAAGCACGGAUACCGACAGUGUUGAUGAUUUAGAUCCGUUUAGUGAGGAUAUGGAAGCGCUAACAAUGCAUGACUUAAACCUUGUGCAGGAAAAGCAUAGCAAUUUUGGCUAUUCAGAAGGAAUCGUUAAGGGAAAAAUCGAAGUUGCCCAAAGCGGGUUUGAUGAUGGAUAUAAUCGAGGGGCUCUGUAUGGGUUUGAAAUGGGUAAAAAACUAGGAGAACUAAAGGCAAAAUUACUUGUGGUGAAAGACGAAAAGGAACAAGACACUUUGCAGAAAAAAUUAGAAGAACUUGAACAUGAAAGUGAGUUUUCUAAAUUUGUGGUUGCAAACAAGGAGUCUAUUCGAUUACAAAUGAAUAAAAAGCCUACUUCGACAUAA